CAGAGGACACACACACACUCUAUUUCACCACUCAGUACUGACACUCAGAAGCCAGAGCGUGAGCCGGUGCAGGAGACUGACUUUAAGUGUUGUCUUUCCAGGAUUAUAGGAAUGUCUCCUAAGAGAGAACCCUCCAUUAAAAAGUCCCCGUCAGAGACAAGCCAACCCAGACUGGGUCCACCAUACCCCUGCCUCCCUGCAGCUUCUCCAACAUCCAAGCCGGCUCCGGAGCAGAAACCCAGGAUGCUGCGUCCCUCAGAUGCCCCAUUUGACCCCAGCACUAUGGAGGUGAGUGGUGUCACCACAGUAGAGUUUUUAUGACAAAGCUAAUGUGGGGAAGUCAUAAAUCAGAACUUUAUGAUUAUCAUGUUUUCAUUACAAGAUUAAUCAUUUUGGAUAUUCUAAAUAAUUACCUGUCUUGAGAUACACAAAAAUACCGUGUGGGAUGUCAAGUUCUGUCAUUUUUUUACAUUUUUACUUUACUAAAAAGGACAUAGCUGACAGCAUCAAUCUGUGGCAAGGCUGAUACUAAAGCAAGCAAAGAAAUGGGGCAGUGAAAAUGAGGCUGUCAGUGAGUCAGUCAGUGGCCUCCUUAGAGAGCAAAGACUGUCAUGCUUCAAGAUAUGAUAUUUCUUUGAUUAGUAAGGUGACUAAAUGAUCUGCGUUUUUCCUUAGGGUUAUGAAAACAACCAAAACAACAAAAUUCAAACCAUAAGUCAAUCUGCAAGUGAAGAAUUUCCCCCUUUUUCUGCUACACUGAACUGAGACUAGAAACUGGCAACAAACCAGAAAGAUUAACUCACACUUUGUCUUGAGAUUGAUGAAACAGAAUUUAAGACGAUCCACAGAAAGAACCUUAUCAAUCUGUGACACAUAGUUAACUGGCUAUCACUGAUAUAUCUUAUAAAAGUACAGUAUCAUGGUGAUGGCAAAUUUUGGAUGCAAACCCUAUCAGUAAAAUGCGACUUUGUCAAUUGAAAGUCAAUUGAAAGUUUAUAAAGUAACAUAUUUAGCAUGUUAGUUGCAUGUCACCGUAGCUUUUAAGAUAAUGGUGCAAAUCCACUUCAAUGUUUCUUAAUUUUAUAUCUCUUAAAGAGUUUGUUUUGAGGGCUCACCUUUGUGUCAAAAAUAAAAAGCAAAUAUAGGUCAAUGAGACAAUAAUGAAUGUUGACAAAACUUAGUAUCUUAAACAAUGCUGAUCCCCACAUUAGACUUUGUCUUUACUGCACUUAAGCUUUGCUUCCAUCUUCAUGCACUGUGAGUGUCACACUAUAUUCACGGCAUGAUAUUUUGUUUUAUUUCUUUGUUUGUUUUGUAUUUUUAGAUUUGUAAAAUGUAUUUAUUGUUUGAGAGUCCAUCCCAUUUUGCUGGUGACUGUAUAUGUACUAUGUUUGGAUACCUGCCUCUGCUCACCGUUGGAGCACAGGCAUGACAAGAGACAAGAGUCACUGCUGGGCACCUUGAAGAGGUUUGUCAGAAGAGGCAUCAAACUUUGAUCUCAAAGGCAGACCUAAGCUGAUCCAUGAUCAUUCCUGCACAGUCAGACAUCUACAUUCUUAAGGGAAAACUGAACUAAUCAAUUCUGUCAGAAAGUCAGUUCAAUGACAAUGGUUCAAAAGCUUUGUUUAGAGUAAUUCAUUCAGACACUGUCAGUCAGAGUGUUUUUGUUUAUUGAAUUUUCCUUUGGAGAUAAAUAAAGUUCUUUUUAUCUUAUCGUACUAAGUUAAGGUUGAAGAAUCAGUCAUGGGGACCAAAAUGUGCUUGUUAUAAUUCCUUCAUUUCACCAAAAACCUAAAAUUAAGGCUAAUCCAGUACAGCAAGAGCAGGAUAUUUUUUUAAACAAACAGGGACUAUGACUAUUUAAACAGUAGACCCAUCAAGUGAACUUGUCAGAGUGGACCUUAACUGUUUUUUGACAGUGUAGGUCUGCUAUUAAUAAAUGUUAGCUUUUACCCUUAAUAUGUAAUAUUUAGAGAGAAAUUACUAUAUAUAUAUAUUCAUCGAUGUUAAGAGAAAAUGACAAAAAACAUACACAGGUUUACCUUCCAGUAAAGGACGGUUAUUCGUCCUAGCCCUGCUGUUUGAGCGUCGUGCGUACUACGUCAUGACGCACUGCUCGUAGGGUUGGUUUUCCUGCCCUACCCGUCCCUUGCUUCGACUCGUCACACAUUCUUUGGUUUGCCGACACCUCGGACACACCUCAGCAACCAACCAUGGUGGGUCUUUUUGUACCACUCAAUUUUAGCUACCUGUUUGAUAGUUUCUGAUAUAGGUAUAUUGUUUAAAGAAACUUGGUUAGCUUAGCUAAGACACUGAAAUGAGUUUGAAUACCGGAAUUGGCUCAGUGCGGGUUACUAGCGGAAGUCAAACUUUUGAGAUGCUAACAUUAGCCUACACGGUAGAUAGAGAUAAAGACAAUAAAACUAAUGUCGGCGACGUUUUUACAAGAAUGUGAAUCAUUACUAAUUUAAUAGUUAAAGAAAAUGUGGUUUGGGUUAAACUUAUCAACUCUAAAACAUGCUGAAAUAGCCGUAGACAGUAAACUGAGCUAGCUUCGCGCUGCCCUGCAAGGGGAACCAUUUUCAUGAAUUAUUAUUUUUCUUGAACAGUCUGAUUUCACGGAUGACCAAAUCAUGGGUGAGUCUAGAGUUUGUGUUGGGUGUUUUUGCCAGAUCCUUUGUUUUGCAUGCUUUCAUUUUUGCUUGAUUCUGUUGACACUUUGCCCUGUAGCUCCACCAUCACCCUGCUCUCUGCCCGCCUGUCACUGUAAUCGUGGUUAUAGGCUACUUUUCCUGCUUUUUUUUCUCCUUCACUGUUUCACCACUUCCCACUUGCAACUACUUGUCCUUUCCAGAUUGAAUUUAACGCGGAACAGAUUCAUGGUAAGUCAGUUAACAGGGACCUCCUAAAGAUCCAAACUGAUUGUUAUCUGUGAGUGUUUAGGGUGUGAUCUGCAUGCGGGUUACUGUAAAGCCAGAACUGUGAAAAUGUGAAGCAAUAAUCGCAUUCUGUGCUACAUCAAAUUCAGUCAUAUUUUGCACGUAAUUAUCAGCUUUGACCGUGCUGGUGUUUUUGAAGGCACUCAGUCAUACAUCAGCAGCACUCACACAGUGAAUCAUAAGCUAAGCUCGUAUUUGUUCUCGUAUGUCUUCUUGGUCGUGUCAGUUUGCCAUGAAAUUUGCCUGUUAUCGUUAAACGGCUCAUCUCCACGAGUGUGCCCUUUUUUGGUGCUGGAUACCGUGGUGGAUGGUUUUUGUCCUAAGGCUGGCUUGUUUAAUCAUCGUUGACAUAAUAGGCCACAGCUACUCUCUCUCUCAUUCUCCUCCUACUUUCCUCCACUCCUCUAAUACCAAAUAUGGUGCUGGGGAAAAGUGCUCACAAGCCAGAAGGGAAGAGACACAUUCCUCAGAACAGGAAAAACUCAACAACACUAGCAGGGCUUUUUUGGGUAAUAGCCUGUCCCAUAACAUUAAGCCCAGACUUCUGCCCGGAUGUUGUAUAAUCCGACUGCAUGUCUCCCUCUUUGCUGAAUCCUGGCUAACCUUCUUGUUCGGCUCUUGAGCCUUAAUAGGAGACCAAAUAUUUGAUUUAUUGCUGACAGUCAAACAAGUCAAGGCAGUUUUUAAUUAGGAACGACUGGCAAUAUUCCCUGAACUGCAAUGUUUAAAACUUAGAAGCUCAUUUUACUCUUAUUAACCCUGUAAUGCCUGAAGCAAGAAUAACGAACAAAAAUCUUUUUUUUUAAUCUGAAGUCCUUAUUUGACCCUUUUAAUAAAAUGUAACAAAAUCAAAAUAAACUCAAAACAAUUUGCAUAUAUGUAAUGUAUUUAAACAUCAGGCAUUACACACGGUUGUAUCCACCAGAGGGCAGAAGACAAGUAUCAGAUUGUAAACAUCAGGGUUUUAAGCUAAGAUUUUGCCAUAUAGUGAUGCAGUUGGUCUCAGAAAUGCAUGUAUCAUAUAUGAUACCCAUGGCAUUAUAGGGUGAACUUUCCCAGCCCACUGAAAAGGCUCCACUGCCAAGUAGUUUCUGAAGUAUAUGCUACAGACACAACCUCUUAUGUUUUUGCGAAAAUAAAUGAGGAAUAGAAAAUCACAGAAAACAUACGUGGACCUUAAAUGAUACACAACAUUUGAACAACAGCAUAAUUUGCAUAGUUAGCUCUGACUGGACAGCCUUUGUUUGAUAUUUUUGCAUGUGAUUGACUUGAUUUAUUAAUUUAGUUUAUUGUUUAUCUUAGUUAAGGCCUCUUUUAACAAUAACAAUAAUUUAUGUUUGUUUUAUUUAUCCUUUUUUUAUCAAUACUACAAUUCCCAAAAUACAGCAGGUUGAUUCAGAUUUGGCUGGUUUUUCAAAAGUCUGUCUUCUAAAUCUCUAAUGUUUUGACAAUUUGCCUUAAAAAACAUGAAUAUUAAAAGAAAUUUUAAAAUACUUGACUUAAAAGCAAAGUUUUUAGCUUUAUUCAUUAUUUAGCUUCUGUUUAAAUUUCUUUACUUCUGUUAAGACCUGUAGCAACAAAUUCUAGGAUCAAAGACAGUUUUGCUUCACUUUUAGUCUUAUUUUGGCAUUUUGAACCCAUUUUGCACACAGCUUUGACAUAUAGAUCCCCCUGCACAUUUAAAAUAUUUUUUUUCUUUAGCACAGAGAUGUCUCAUAUUCUUGGCAACUGAAUCCCAAAGUGUUUGUAUAAAUGUCAGCAAAGUCGUCAAAGCGGUAUUGGUGAAGUAAUUGCACCCCCUUCUUGUUAAUGUGUAUCAAAGGAGUGACAUACUGAUCUGAUGGCACAAACAGUUAGUAGUAACUCUGUUGAGGAAGCUCCAGCGGUGUCGCCAACCAAAGAAAAACAAUAGAUGUGCUCCUGUGAUGUGUACAUCUAAUAGUUUAAGUAGACUGGGUAGAUUAACUUGCCUGCUUCUUCUUAUUUCCUUUCAACAUGUCUGCUUUGUCUCUUCUCAUCUGUUUCCUGUGUGUAUCUUAUCUCGUUUGAUUCAAGUGUACAUGUUUGCUUGUUCCAUACAAGUCCUUACAUUCCUACUAUAACUAGGCGUGUGUUUGUGUAUCCUGCAGAGUUUAAGGAGGGCUUCCAGCUGUUCGACCGGACAGGCGAUGGGAAGAUCGGCUACAAUCAAUGUGGAGAUGUCAUGCGGGCCCUUGGACAAAAUCCUAUCAACGCUGAGGUGAUGAAGGUCCUGAUGAACCCCAAGCCCGAAGGUGGGAAGGAAAAUUGAACUUGGACAAUAAUAUUUCUUUUUUAGCACAUGACUCAUCAAAGUUAUUUCUUGGUGCUGAGAAAAGCAUGAAAAAUCUCUGAGGCGUGGCUCGUCACUUCCUUUUUUGUCCUGCUGCAGAAAUGGCCACCAAGAUGCUUGACUUUGAGCAGUUCCUGCCCAUGUUCCAGACCAUCGCUAAGAAUAAAGAUCAAGGCUCCAUGGAGGAUUUUGUGGAGGGACUGCGUGUCUUUGAUAAAGAGGGCAAUGGCACAGUUAUGGGAGCAGAGCUUCGUCACGUCCUCACCACGUUAGGCAAGUCAUAUCCCUGUAGCCUGUCAAAAAUACAUGAUAGGAAAACUGUCAAAGUCUGUGUUCACCAUUCUUUGUUCCCCUGAAAAAUACCGCUAUAUCUUUACUGAAAAUUAUUUUGAAAAAAAAUCUUGAAUUACUAAAAAAAUUGUGAAAAAUGUCAUUUACAUACCUUGAAAGUAAAUUUUAUUAAUGUUUGCCAAUAAAUAUUACGUCGUCAGGUUGGUAAUUGCAUUUUUAAUCCUAUAUUUAAGGGUUUACUUAGAUUUCCAAAGUGAAAACUGAUUUUGUCUGUUCUGCAGGGGAGAAAAUGACAGAGGAGGAGGUGGAGACCCUCUUGGCAGGACAUGAAGAUGCAAACGGCUGCAUCAAUUACGAAGGUAAGAAACCACAGCAGGAUGGAAUAUUGUUAUUUCAAGGAUUAUGGUGCAUGGAACCAUUUCGUCGCCUUGGAAAUGCAAACUAUUCCUUCACACUCUGCCUUUGCAAUGUGAUGAGAAACCCCCAGUUACUUUGUGUGGUGUUGGCAUGUGUAAAAGCCACUUUGAAAACAUACUUUUGCACAUACAUGUCUUUCUGUAAAUCCAAGUCAUCUCAGGGAAAUACUUGGAAGUAGCCUGUCAUUGUUAUGUUUGAGAUGGUAACAAAAGUAAAGCUCGAUUUAGUCUUUCGGUUCGGUGGGUCUAUACACAUGUAUCUGUUUCCUGUGAUCUUAAGGAAAUAUGUCAAUGUCAAUUCCUGACAGUCUGUUAACUCUUCUUCCUCUACAGCAUUUGUCCGCCACAUCAUGUCAGGCUGAGGGCCGGUACGGGCUUUUGGUAUACCAUGAGAAGGCACCCCCAGGCUUUCCUGUGUUUUAGUUUUGAAAUAAUCCUUCCUCACCAGAUCCUCCUAACACUAAUCAGCUGUAGUUGUCCUCUUCACUGCAGCAAACAGAAACAAUGUGCUUUUACCACGUAGAUUCGACCCUCUAGGUUCCCCCGUUGGAAAGCCUGGUCGUCCCUCUCAUCUUUAGUCCUGAGGCUUUGACUCAUGUGUAGCCUCUUGCUGUCCUGUCUCUCUCUCCUGCAGCCCUCUGUCUUGGCCCCUGGCUGCAGCAUGCUCCUCUGCAUGUGUCUGGGACUCUCCUCAGUUUAGAAGGGGAUAUUGUGGACACACAGGGAAGAGACUGGUUUCACUCAGGGAAAGUAUGGUGGCCUCUGUCCAGUUAUCUGAGCCGAUGGGUGUGGUUACAAAACAGCUCCUCUCUUACCUCAUUUGCAUGUCAUUGGUACUAUUGACAUAUACUUUUUCCUGUUUUGGUGAUAGAGGUGCUUCUGAUACAGAUUGAUACACAGGAGAUCACACUACAUUCAAGUGAAGCCACCAGCUUUGGAAGAGUGGACCAGUCCCUUUUUCUACUAAUUGCAAUGAGUUGCUCUUGUGCUGAUUGUUUCUCCUCUGUACUGAUGGAAGCUGAAUUUUUUUAGCUGGCCCGCUAUCUGACAGGACUGUAGAGCUCUUCAUCCUCUUCCUCUUUCCCCUGCUUCUCAACUAGAGGAAAGCAAACAGCGACGAUGGCUUCUCUAACCAGCAACCUCUUGGAUCUUAGACAUGGCCAAAUGCUUUGGCUGUAUAGGAGAUAAAGACGAUUAUCUUACCUCUUUCCCACAUUACCAUCUUCAACUCCCCCCUGCGGGUGAGCAAAACAUGGGGAACCUGCCUUCAAAUGCAGCAUCUCCUGCCCAGGCUCAUAAAGCUGGAUGAGGAGGAGGAGGCCAUGGUGCCACAUGCUGUAGUUGGAGGCGGUCUCUGCCAAAAUCUAGUCCACGAGUCUGACUUGUGUCUCUUUCUUGUCUCUUUCACAGAGCUGGUCAGGAUGGUCAUGAAUGGGUGAAGACGAGGAGGAUCCUAUCUUUUAUUUUACCCCGUAUCGUGUAACUUCUUUUUGCAGAUAGCUUCAACGGCCCCCUCUGCCUUUUCCAUCGAGUAGUUUUCCACAUUUAAUUUAAAAAGUGCCUUUACAUUCCCUAGAAAAGACCAUGAAUAAACCUGAACACGGCUGCCAUACAUUCAGGAGUCUCUGUGCUUGAGUGGUUUGCAAUAACAUUCCAGGAUGCAGCACUUAAGACCACUUUAAUUGAUAAUGAUAUACUGUAAGCUUUGAAUUGGACAUUAUUAUAAUGUAAAAACUAUCAGCAACCUACUGUAUCAUUAGCUAAAACCUGCUGUGACUGAGGGACAUAAUCCUCUGAUCCUGCAGGUGUUUUAAAGCAAUACUAUCAUGAGGAAAAGAAGAAGACAUUUCAAUGGGUUCUCAUUUUUAAAACUAUUCCACUUUUGUUGCUGCCUUUAAAUAAAAAAGUUUUCCUGAAGAACUAC